AGCUUUGAAUUUCGUCAAAAACCCAAAUAAUUUUUUCAGGAUUUUUUCCCARAAAUAUUUCCCCGAAGAGAACAAGCGAAAGUUUAUUAUCAACUAUUUUGAAAAUUAGUCAUCUUCGYUGCUGUGAAUAAUUUGUUUUUUUUUUWAAUUCCGGUCUCUUCCCUUUUGGGUCAAAAUUUCUAAACAGGAAACCGCUUUUUUUCUUAACGUUUUGCCUUUUUGCUUAACCGAAAUCAACGAAAAUCUUAUGAGUUCUCCUCUUCUCUCCAUCUAUUGAAAAUUGAUCUCCAAUAAAUCCCGUAAACUGAAAUAUGGCCUGAAUGCAAAAAAACCCUGUGCAAAUGAGAAUCUCACUAAAAUCCUAUGCGGUUGAUCUAGCCAUUUAAACCAAUCAGACUGUUCUAAACCGGACAAUUUUUCUCCGUCAAAGGGAUUUUCUACACUAUUCGUCACACGUUCCACUUGCGUAGCACAACAUUUCCAUAUAAAUACCUGCCUGAUCAGCCAUUCAACUAUUCAUCUGUAGUGCGACAAGCAGUAGUCUCACUGGUUUCAGCAUGAAGUCACUGAUGUUGGCCCUUUUAAUUCAACACCUUGCCCAAGGUAUUCCCAAAGAAUUUUUCAUCUUGGACGAGCUUGAGGGAGCCGAUUUUCACCAUGAGCAUUUCGAUCAUGAGGACGUUUCCAGUACUUUAGUUCUCAGCCAUGUGCUUUUCCGGCAUGGGAAUCGAACCCCCGAUAGUGUCCAGGAAAUGUAUCCCAACGACCCCUACCUGAACGAGACCUACUAUCCCAUUGGCUUGGGGCAACUUACCAAUGCAGGGAAGAUCAGGGAGUUUAACAUCGGCACCUCGUUGCGACAACGCUACAGCCGCUUUCUCAGCGAGUUGUAUUUACCCGAGGAAGUAGAAGCCUUUAGUACAGACUACAGCCGCACCAAGGCCUCCUUACAGCUGGUGCUGGCGGGGUUGUUUCCCCCCCAGGGGCCCCAGCUAUGGAAUCCCUCGGUGCUCUGGCAGCCUGUUCCUUAUCGCUACGCCCCCAGGGGGCGGGACUCGCUUCUAAUGGGGGGCUUAUGCCCUACCUACUUGCAACUGUACCAAGAAAUGGAGGAAUCGAUCGAGAUGAGAAGCAAGUUUAUGAAGCACCACACAUUUUUCGAAUAUAUCUCCAGGCACAGCGGUCUGGAAGUGAGCACGUUCCGUCACAUCUACAACCUUUACUUCGGACUCUCCACUGAGGAGGAGUGGGGUUUCAGCCUGCCUGAUUGGACGCAGCCGAUAUGGCCCCGAAAAGUGACAGCCGUCGCUAUACACGAGUACUACGUGCAGAUGGCGAACGAUCGUAUGCGGAGGCUUGCCUCCGGCCAUCUGCUGAGGAAGAUCCUGCACGAUACGGAGGCGAAAAUAGCCCAGUUGAGUAAAGGACGUAAAAUCCAUUUGUAUUCCGCUCAUGAGAACAAUGUUGCCCAACUGCUGAUCCUUCUGGGCGUGUUCUGGCCCCAUAUCCCUUCUUAUGGAGCGCACGUUAUUCUCGAGGUACACCACAUAGAGGAAGAGUUUGGAAUUAAGGUGUUUUACCAGAAUUGGGAGGUUGAGCACCCGGAGUUGUUGCAGAUCCCUGGUUGUGACGUAUUUUGUCCCCUCGAUCAGUUUAGAGAGCUUUUCAGCAAAUAUAUGCCAGAGGAUGACGAGUGUGGCUAUUGACGCCCCAGUCGAAACUCCUCCUAGUGAUUCCACUUUCUAGUCAACAUCAUCGUGUGUUUAUUUAUUUAGGCUUUAAGUAAUAAAUCGUUAAUUUAUU